AUGACUGCCUAUCAAUGGCUGGGAGAGCGGGCCCCAACGCUCCUACGCCCUGCAAUUCUUCUCUUGUUAUCAGCAUACCAUUUCAUCAUGACCAUCCUGGAAGUAGUGUUCGUUGAACGCCGCCCAUUCGCCCUAUUCAAUCUCACUCAACUUCGCUACAAAUCCUUCGCUCGCGUCUGGAACAACAACGGUGAAAUGAUGUCAGCAGAAAUGCCCGGCCCGCUCUUUCAACUUCUCUCUACAUGCAAAGGUGUAGUUCUAGAUAUCGGUCCCGGUUCUGGAGAGAUCCUUCCACGUUUCAACCCCAACCUGAUCAGUGCCAUGUACGGUGCGGAACCGGCGGUAGAUUUGCACUCUGGAUUGCGUCGACGGGCGCAGGAGACAGGUUUCGGUGCAAAAUACCACGCGCUUCUCUGCGGUGCAGAGCCUGAGAGUCUCAUCCCAGCUCUCCACAAGAGCGGCAUCCUGGACGUAAGCGGGAAAGGCGGUCUAGCUUCAGAAGGCAUCUUCGACGAGAUAUGCUGCGUCCGCGUCCUCUGCGGCGUUCCCCACCCCCAACAGACCAUCACAGGGCUGUACAAUCUUUUGAAGCCUGGAGGUCGAAUGGUGGUUUGCGAGCAUGUUGCCAAUCCCUGGAGGACCGAAGGCAGAGUCGUAGCGCGAUUCAUGCAGUUGGUGUACACACUUUUGGGCUGGCCAUUUUUUAUGGGGGGAUGCGAGUUGCAAAGACAUACGUGGGAUUAUCUGAGAGAUGCAGGCAAGUGGGACAAAUUUGAUCUGAAGUACUAUGGUCCACAAGACUGUAUUCCGUUCGUGGUGGGAGAAUUGAUCAAGAAAUCGGUAUCUCUGGAUAAGUCCUACGCGGAGGCUGUACAGAAGUAAACUGAGGCUUAGGUGUUGAUACUUCAAAAAAUACCCGAACAUACUUACCUCACCAUCUUAGACCUUUCCCAGUGCUCUGAUAUAUUCCGCAUUCUUCAAAUUGAAGCGGAAGACAGCCACACAGGGCAUGACGGCUGACAAAGUAGGGUGGAGGACUACAGUGCACUCCCCUCCUUCCAGCCUCGACACGCCAUCUCACAGUUAUACAGGAAGUUGGACCCAAAGAUCAAGCCUUCUUCGCCCUUAGGAAAUCCUUCCAUUCUUCCUGGUCCGUAUACUGCUCCAUCAACGCCAUAUACCCACAGCAUCUCCCCACCCACGCACACAUAC